UAUUUGUUAAUUGUGAAUUAUUUGUUGAGCGCUACUUUGAGCAUGCAAUGCAAUGCAACCGAAGAGUGGAUUUGUUGAAUAAUGAAUAUAGAAAAAUGAAAUGUGGCGCAUAGCAUGGCAUGACAUAGUAGGUUUGAUGAUUGCAAGGUCACACAAUUACAAAAUGGGAAAGACAGAAAAACACUGGAGAGGGAAAGGGAGAGAGUGUCUGUUGUUAUUGCUUCAACCCACGAUUCCGCGUCUCCCUCCCUUUCUAAUUUUGAUAUUCAAAUUUUCCAUUAAUGAAUAUUCUUAUUCAUUCUUUAUUUCCAUCCCUUCAAUUCAUUUGUGUCUUUUUAGGGUUUGUCUCCCCCGCUCUUAAAAUUCACGUCUUUUUUUCCAUUAUUUUUUUUUUCCUUGCCAUGCUGACGGUUGAUGGCGCAGAUUUCCUGCACUUUUCUUCAUUUUCUAAACCGUCAGCGAUGAAUUCGUAACAAAAUUUCAAUUGAAUUCUUAUUUUUUUUUUGUUUUUAAUUUUCUGACAGAAUCAAUAUUAUUUAUGCAUGCUUCUGUCAGGUUUCUGGGAUGAUUUUUUCCUCUGAUCAAUUUGGUUCUGCCUUUUGCGAACCCAGUUGUUCCUUUUUUUAAUGUUUAAUGAUAAAUAAUUUUGUCCUUCUGCAUUGCCCUCUUGAAAGAUCUUUCUGGGUUGCGCUGUCCUAACGAAAAAGUUGACUUUUUUGGCUGAAGAUUGUGGUCAUAAUUAGAAAAUGAAGCUUGUGGUUCGUGUGAUUGAGGCAAAAGACUUGGCAAUCACGGAUUCCAAUGGGUUAAGUGAUUUGUACGUGCGAAUACAGUUGGGGAAACAAAAGUUCAAGACCAAAGUGGUGAAAAGUUUGACACCAUUGUGGGAUGAACAGUUUACUUUUUGGGUUGAUGACCUCAAGGAUUCGCUUGUUGUAUCUGUAAUGGAUGAAGAUAAGUUCUUUAAUCAUGACUAUGUGGGACGGGUUAAAGUGCCUAUCUCGCUUGUUUUUGAUGAGGAAAUUAAAUCCCUUGGCACUGCUUGGUACUCUAUGAAAACCAAAAACAAGAAGGCCCCCAACAAGGAAUGUGGUGAGAUUCAUUUGAGUAUAUACAUUAGCCAAAAUAAUCCAUCUUUGGAGUCAAAUGACAUUGGUGAUCAGUUAUUACCUCCAAGAUGUCCUGAUGCAAUUAGCCCUUCUCCCUCGAGAUCUUUCAACAGCCUUUCAAACUCAUCUUCUCUAAGGGAAGAAACUGCGUCUACCAGUUCUAGGGAGGAUAAAUCUUGUACACAAAAGUCACUUGCUGGCCGAAUUGCUCAGAUUUUUAAUAAAAGUUCUGCUGAUCUGUCUUCAAUUUCACCUAGUAGAAGCAUUGACUCGGACCAAUCUGAAACAACCAAAGCUGAAGUUGGUGAGAUCAAGAUUGAGGAGGAACAGUCCUCUAAUGAAACAUUUGAAGAAGCUCUAAAAAAGUUACAGUCAGCAGAUCAAGGAAGUGAAAUUCCUAACGAUUUAUCAGGAGGAGUGCUUAUUGAUCAAUUAUAUAUUAUUGCACCAGAAGACUUGAAUGUAUUACUAUUUUCAUCUGAUUCUAAUUUUCCCAAGUCAUUAUCGGAUGUACAGGGUACUACAGAACUGCAAAUUGGUCCUUGGAAGUUAGAGAAUGGCGGGGAGACCUUGAAAAGAUCACUUACUUACACCAAGGCUCCCACUAAAUUAAUUAAGGCUGUCAAAGGCUAUGAGGAUCAGACAUAUUUAAAAGCUGAUGGGAAGAACUUUGCUGUUUUGGCCACUGUCAGCACUCCAGAUGUUAUGUAUGGCAGCACCUUUAGGGUAGAAAUACUUUAUGUGAUAACACCUGGACCAGAGUUGCCAUCAGGGGAACAGUGUUCACGUCUGGUGAUAUCUUGGCGAAUGAAUUUUGUACAGAGCACCAUGAUGAAAGGAAUGAUAGAAAACGGAGCUCGGCAAGGUAUGAAGGAAAGCUUUGAUCAGUAUGCUAUUUUGUUAUGUCAGACAGUAAAGCCUGUUGAAACAAAGGACCUUGGUUCUAGUAAGGAACAAGCUUUGGCAACAUUACAGCCAGAGCCCCAGUCAGACUUGAAGCUGGCAGUACAGUAUUUUGCUAACUUCACAGUUUUCUCAACAUUCUUGAUGGUCUUGUACGUGCUUGUCCAUAUUUGGCUGGCAGAACCUGGCAAAGUUCAAGGGCUUGAGUUUGUUGGCCUUGACUUGCCAGAUUCUAUUGGUGAAUUUGUUGUUUGUGCUGUCUUGGUUCUUCAAGGCGAAAGAGUGUUGGGUUUAAUCUCACGCUUCUUGCAGGCCAGAGCACGAAAGGGUAGUGAUCAUGGAAUUAAGGCUCAAGGAGAUGGAUGGCUGCUAACUGUGGCCUUAAUUGAAGGAAGCAAUUUAUCUAAUGUUGAUUAUAGUGGGUUGUGUGAUCCAUAUGUGGUGUUUACUUGCAAUGGGAAAACAAGAACCAGCUCAAUCAAGUUCAAGAAAUCUGAACCUUUAUGGAAUGAAAUAUUUGAAUUUGAUGCAAUGGAUGACCCUCCUUCUGUGCUGGAUGUGGAAGUUUUUGAUUUUGAUGGACCCUUUGAUGAAGCUGCAUCUCUAGGACAUGCUGAAAUCAAUUUCCUUAAAACAAACAUUUCAGAUCUUGCUGAUAUAUGGGUUUCUCUUGAAGGAAAGUUGGCUAUGGCAUGUCAAUCUAAGUUGCACUUAAGAAUUUUCUUGGACAACACUAGAGGUGGGAAUGUUGUAAAAGACUAUAUAAGUAAAAUGGAGAAAGAGGUGGGGAAGAAGAUUAAUAUGCGGUCUCCUCAAACAAAUUCAGCCUUUCAGAAACUCUUUGGCCUUCCACCUGAGGAAUUUCUCAUCAAUGACUUCACCUGUCAUUUGAAAAGAAAAAUGCCCCUGCAGGGCCGCCUAUUUGUUUCAGCAAGAAUAAUUGGAUUUCAUGCAAACUUGUUUGGACACAAGACCAAAUUCUUUUUGCUUUGGGAGGACAUUGAAGACAUCCAGAUCAUUCCUCCUACAUUUUCGUCAAUGGGCAGUCCGAUAAUUGUCAUAACUCUUUGGCCAGGAAGAGGUGUGGAUGCGAGGCAUGGUGCAAAAACACAAGAUGAAGAAGGCAGACUAAAGUUCCGUUUCCAGUCAUUUGUGUCUUUCAAUGUCGCAAACAGGACUAUCAUGGCUCUUUGGAAGGCCAGAUCCUUGAGUCCCGAGCAGAAGGUCCAGUUAGUUGAGGAAGACUCUGAAACUAAAAGCCUUAGAAGGGAGGAGAGUGGAUCAUUCAUUGGUCUUGGUGAAGUUAACAUGUCGGAGGUUCAUUCUUGUGCUCUUUCGGUUCCUGCCAGUUUCUUUAUGGAGCUAUUCAGCGGGGGUGAGCUGGAUCGUAUGUUCAUGGAAAAAUCUGGUUGUGUUAAUUAUUCUUAUACCCCUUGGGUAUCUGAGAAGAGUGAUGUUCAUGAGAGGGCAAUAUAUUACAAAUUUGAGAAGCGUAUUUCACGUUAUAGAGUUGAAGUAACGAGCACUCAGCAAAGAUCUUCUUUGGAUGGAAAGGGUUGGAAGUUGGAAGAGGUUAUGAACUUCCAUGGAGUUCCUCUUGGUGAUUAUUUCAAUCUGCACACUCGCUAUCAAGUUGAGGAUUUACCCCAGAAGACAAAGAAUUGUAAGGUACAUGUAUUCUUUGGAAUUGAAUGGCUGAAAAGUACAAAACAUCAUAAAAGGAUUACAAAGAACAUCGUAAAAAAUCUGCAAGAACGUUUGAAGCUGAUAUUCAGCCUGGUUGAGAAGGAGUUUUUGGCUAAAUAACAAAUGAAUCAUCAUACUGAACUUGACCUUGUACAAUUAGGGAAGGUAUCUGAUAUUCUUGCAGCCCCAUUACAAUAUAGAUUCCAGUAUGAAAGUUUUGCACACGUCUUUUUCAGGCAUUCCUUCAACAUUUCAUCUGAGAAAAAUAGUUCCUCAAAUUCUAUGAAAUGUUUUAGAAUACUCUUUUCUUGAAUUUCAUUCAUGAAUUUUUUUGGAUUGCCUAGUUUUCCACCAAUUAAUAAACCAAGAUUUCAGACCACACACUUCUUUCAGAACAAAUAUUAUCCUCAUUCUUCAGCUUAGACCGGAAUAUAUGAUGACUUCAGAGUAAGGUCCAUGUGACUGUGCUAAAUAUCAGUGGAGCAAGUCUGCUAGUGAUGCAAUCUAUGCGUGACCUCUGGAUUUGACUCUGUGAAUGACUAAUUACACUCUGUGGAAGAUACUCAGAUUGCAUCAGCAGUUGCUAGCCGUCCAAAUUUUAGUUUGUGGAGUAUUCUGACUACUAAGAUGAAAAGUUUGCAUCUUAACGAGGGUCCUGUAAUGUAUCAUGUGUUAUAGCUGCUGCUGUCUUUGCUUCCAUAGUACAAGUGAUAAAAUGUUAAACACAUGUAAGAGAAGCUUUGAUUGUUGUAAACAAUUUUGGGGCCUUAUUUCAUAAAGUAUAUCUCACAUUUCCUUGUAAAGUGUUUUUUAAUUAAAAGCACAAUCAGAACUAUGAAUAGACCUACCACUUGGGUGAA